AUAUAUAUUUUCCUCUGCUCUGUAUUCACGAGAGGGGUCUCCCAGGACUCGAGCGUAGCGCGAGGAAGUGGGGUUAGACAGCGGCGUGUGAUUGAGUUGUAUCGCGUUGGUAAACAACCGCAUCUCAAGGAUUUACCAUUUCACAAAAGUGGUUGUUCGUAAUCGAACUGUAAAGUGAUAGAAAGUUCAUUGUUUUGUGAUUGGUAUUUCUGGUAUUACGCUGGAUACAAAUGCAACUUCAUACAGAGAUUUAAUUUAAUUUUUAUUUUGUGACCAUUUGGAUAUAACAUGAACCAAAGGACAACUGGAUAUAUAUCAAUGACGUCAAACCGUUUACCUGCAGAAGAGUCAGCGUGAUCUCCCCCGAGACGCAAGGCUUCUGCGACACACCGCACCAAACAUACACGCAGCCACGACUUAAACGGCCACCACUCACAGCAGUUGCAUCCAUUCAGCUCUCCCAAAGCACUUCACCCAUGCGGCAUGAGCGCCACUUAGGCCGCUGAAAGUCCCAAGGCAUCAAAGAGAAGUAACUCCAGGUCGAAACGAGAAUCAGAAAAAGUUUUUUUUUUUUUUUCACACCAGGUGCGCAAUUUCUUUCUCAUUUUCUCAAGAACACGUUUCUCUACCCGAAUUUCUAAGAACAAUAAUCGUUUGCUAGACAAGAAAACAAAAACCUUUUAUUCAAAAAUAAUAAUAUUCAAAACAAAAGGGAAAUAGUCUAGCACUAAAAGGCAAGCAGAUGGCUUACAAGGACAUAUUGAGUUCUCUUCUCCUGGUUGGGAUUUUUUCCUGGACAGUGGACACUCAAGCAACAUACAACAUUCAUGCCAGCGGCUGCAAUGACCAGAAGCUAGAACUGACCUGUCCGCAGUACCACAAGAUAGCCAUCAAGAGAAUCUUCUAUGGGACCAAGUACAUCAGCUGCGCCUCUCGUCUGCCUGCUUAUAAGAAUGUCAACGCCUCUGCAACAAACAGAAGCCGCUACAAUGUCAACAUGACCUCUGCCCAGUGCUGCCAGAACACCCACGUGUCGGACUGCCUGAUGGACGCGGAGACCAUGUACUCGACGCUCAACACCAAGUGUUCCGGCUACCAGAGCUGCGUCCUGGAGGUGCAGAAGGCCCAGACCAAAGACAAGUGCCGCUUCGUCAAGUCCUACACUGACUUCAUGACCAUUGUCUAUGACUGCAUUGAUGCUGGAGACAUCGUAAACUUCUGUACGGAUGACACCAAGCGGGGCAGGAGCUUGUACCUCUCCAACAAGGAGUACCCGUCCGCCAUCAAGCCACAAGCGGAGAGGACCGACUGCCAGUGCAUCAUCCGGACACACCACGCCCAGGGUAUAAGCAUAAACACUAUCGACAUUCUCCUGGCCUAUACCGAAGGACACUCUAUAGAGUGCAGACGAUCUCUGAAGAUACAAGACUACAUGGCCUACUCCAAGACGAUCCAGUGCGCUAAUGGAGGGAACUAUGGUUUUAAGUCCCUGUACAGCCGCCCAGUACACAAUGUCACUUUGACUCUGUCCAGUUCGCCUGGUCAAGGAAUGGGAUUUGUCUGGCUCCAAGCUAAAGCCAAUGACGCUGACGAGAUAGUGGAAAUCUUCUGUGGUCAGUCCUUGCAAGAUUUACUCAACCGUAUCAAGCAUCAGCUAAAUGCACUGAACCGUGACGUCACGAAGACCACAGUCCCUGUCGAGAACGUCACACUGGCCAGUGAGAAUUACCCUCUAGACAAAAAUGGUACCGACGCCUCGGUGGGAGCCAGCGUGGACAACAUGAAUUCAGAUAUAGCUGCCAUUAUCAUUGGUAUCGUGGCUGCAGCUUUUGUACUCAUAGCUAUGGUGAUUGUAGCCAUGGCCAUACAUUGUAGAAGGACACGGAGGGACAAGUUAUUAAAUAAGCCGUUGGAGCUUUACCCGGCAGUCAACUCUGAGCCUCUUGACCUGUCUUCCUAUUGCAAGUAUGAUUACGACGACGAUCAUGUCUGCUCGAUAAACAGGUCCCCGAUCAAAAUGACGGCCAUGGCAGAAGAAACCCCGACAUCGAACCAACUUCGCCCCAACGGUUUCACCACCAUGUCCAGGUCACAGGAGAACCACAUCUACAGAGACUUGACCCCUAGUCCUCCACUCCCGGCGGGGAUAUCCACGCCUCCUCCCUUCGCCCAGAACCAGCCGCUGCUGUCACAGAGGACGUACAGGGAAGUGUACUACCCAGGAGACCUCUCCCUCAGGUUCGUAAAGCCGCUGAUCAACAAAAACAGGGGCGUCAACUCCGGGGCGAUGCAUGACAUGGACAUUUACGAGCCGCACGCACACAUCAUUCAAGGGCACUCAACUCUGCCAUCCAACAAGAAGGCCGUCCUGAUCAGCACCGGGCCGAAGAGUCCGCUCGGAAAGCGAAGCAAAAGUGUAACCUUCUCCCAACCCGUGGCCAUGGUGACGCCCCUGAACGCCGAGAACGACGAAACCGUGGACCUCAAAAGUGAGUGCUGUGACGAAUCUGAGGAUCCGAACUACGACAACCUCAGCAAAGUACCCAUUCCUGACACCAUAGACAAAUCAGACUACCCACUCAUGUCCGACAAAGACGACUACUUCACUACCUCAGACAACGACAUUUACUUCGGUGUCAGCCAAGGCAAACCGGAAGUCAUCACCAUCCCCAGAUGGGAAAAGGAAUACCGGGAAGAGUCUCCGGUCAGGCCGAUGUCCACCUUUACCAACAGCCCAACUUCUCCCGAUGAGCUCAAAGUGUUCCCUCCGCCUCCCUAUGACCUUAGAUUCUACUCCGACUCGGACGACACGGCGUACAUGUCUGAUUCCUCGUCCUCCUUUUGGUCACCAUCGAGGCAAACCGGAAAACCACUGGUCAUGCCCAAGCCCCAGAAAGCCGAAAUGUGGGACAACUGACUUUGAUUUUGUAACAACUAAAAUCUUAGAAAGCAAAAUCUAAAAACCAUCUUCGUGGUUGUACCGUAUAAACACAUUGGAAUAUGUUUAUCAAGUCAAGAUUUAGUGUUUCUCCUUAGAGGAAGCUCUCAAGACUUAUGCCAAUACCCCAUCGCACCAAAUCUUGUCUCAAAGAGUAUUAAAUCACAACUCACUAUGAAAUGAGAUUGGAUUAAGACCAAUCAAAGCCAUUUGUAAGCGAAUGAAGAUCAAACAUGUCUUGCACAUUUCAAGACAAACACAACAUCUUGUUCUGUAAACAAACGAUUGCAUUUAUUUUUGUAUUUCUUUUGAAAAGGCUAGCUUCUUGUA